CGCGUACCGUGACGUAUAAUGUGUUGUUGUGUUGGCGAUUAUGUGGCUUUGUGACUUCAGUAAAUUGUAUACGUAUAUUUGUGUAAUGCAGUUUCCGCGGACGUUACUCGUGAGGCCACCAUCGAAUAUUUAAUCGAUCGAAUCGUGGUUGUUGACGACUAACAAUGUAUAAUAGCUAACAUACAAGAUUCUAAGGAGCUGGACGUGGUAAGGGUGUGUUGCAAAGUUGCGUCUAUACCACGUGGGUAGCUUGUCCGGGGAUCGGUGACAUCAUGACCGCCCAUGAUGACUCGAAGGCGCACGAGUUCUGCAAGAACGACGCGGUGGUGAAGCGCAAGAAGAUGCCGCAGCAGAUUCCGGACGAUAGCCAUGACACGUGGAAAACCAUGAGCAUCGUGCCUAAAGCCAAGUUCGUAUUGAAGAAUUGCACGAUAGAGCCGAUGUUCGGGUGUUACAUCAUGACCAGCGUGCUGACGUCCAUGUGCACGCAAAACCUGAACCUACAGAAAGCGUGCCGGGUGAACCUGAUGCUGAAUGACACCGUCUGCUCAGCGCUGGAGACACAGAACUCGAAGGACUACGGAAAAGAGGAGGUCAGGGUUCAGGAGCUGGUGGCCGACAUGAUGAUAUGGAAGACGUUGGUGCAAAGCAGCAUACCGGCCGUAUUGAUAAUGUUCGUCGGCUCGUGGAGCGACCGGAACUGCAGGCGCAAACCGUGCAUGAUGAUGCCAAUCGUGGGCGAAUUGCUCACCAGCCUCGGCCUGUUGGUCUGCACGUAUUACUUUUACGAGAUGCCCGUGGGCAUCGUUGGGCUGGUGGAGUGUUUACCGCCGGCCAUGACCGGUGGAUGGAUGACAAUGGACAUGGCAGUGUUCAGCUACAUAGGCGACGUGUCUUCGGUGAAAUAUCGUACUCUGAGAAUUGGUAUUGCUAACGUCUUUUAUUCCGUGUCUGUACCCAUCGGUACUGCGCUGUCUGGCAUAUUGUUUCAAAAAUUCAGAUUUUAUGGCGUGUACAUCAUAGCAACGGUACUAUAUGUAUUCGCCAUUACUUAUGGUAUGGUUUUCAUUAAGGAAUCAAAGCCAGAACAUUUGGCGCAGUGCGAUCAACCACCCAAAGUCACAUCCUAUUUUAAUUUGAUCAAGGACUUUUUUGACUUGAGCAAUAUUAAGGAAGCCAUUGUAGUGACAUUUAAGAAAGGGCAGCACAAUAAAAGACUGAGGAUAAUUUUUCUAAUGAUUAUCGUCUUCGUCGUAACUGGUCCUUUAUAUGGUGAAAUAUCAAUGAUGUACAUGUUUACACGUGUGAAAUUCGGUUGGACCGAAAUGGACUAUAGUCUGUUUUCCACAUAUGCAAUGAUCACCAAUCUUUUGGGUACAAUAUUUUCUGUAGGCGUGUUCAGUCACAUAUUGGAAAUCGACGAUGCCUUAAUCGGAGUAAUGUCGUGUAUAAGCAAAAUAUUGGCCGGAUUCGUUUAUGCAUAUGCUCCCACUGAUUUUGUAUUUUACUUAGCACCACUUUUUGAAAUCAUAAACGGUACUUCAUUUAUUGCUAUGAGAUCAAUAAUAUCCAAACUCGUACCGUCAGAUGAACUAGGAAAAGUGAAUUCUAUAUUCGGCGUUUGUGAAGCUUUAGUUCCAUUGUUGUAUGGACCGAUGUAUAGUGCUGUAUAUAAAGCAACACUAAAAACAUUUCCAGGAGCAUUUUUUUUACUCGGAGGCGUGUUAACUGCACCUGCAGCAAUAAUAUUUCUAUGGAUGUACUACGAUAAUAAAAAUGAACAGAAGUUACAAGACACUGCGAUCAAAAAUCAAGAAAUGUGUUCCGAAGGACUAUAGAAGAAAAAUAUACGUGUAUAAUUGAUUAGAUUAAUAGACACAUGUUCCAGAAAUCCGGAGUAAAAAAAAAAAAAAGUUUUAUACUUUGAAAUGGACAGAAUAAAAUUAAAGGAAUGAGUACAUAUUAAAAAAAAAGCCUAUGGACCAAUAAAGUUCAAGGAUAUCAUGCUUGUUAUAUGUUAUAUGCUAAUUACAAUCAAUAUCAAUUGAUGAAA